UUAGGUGCAAUCGGCGCUAACAUUAAUAUGGUGUAAAACAUUCUUUCCAACGAGAAUGAACAACUAAUUCAAUGGAGCCGAUUCAAAACAAUAAACACUAGUAAAGCAGACAGUUGUUAAAAUUGAUCUGGAUUUUAGCUUGAGAUAUUUUGAUUUUUCCUUUUAACAACAGAUAUUUUGAUUAUAAUAUAAAUAAACAAAUAAAAUAAAAAUGGUUCGAUCGAAAGAAUGUAAAACGACGUCGUGCUUCGUUAUCUAAGUAUAGUCCAACGUCCAUACAAAAUUACGCAAGUAAAAAAAAAGGCACAAAACACACCAAAAAAGAAAAAGAAAAAGUGUGGCAACGAACGAAACAGAGAGUCGUAUAGACCAUACAAUACACAACACACUAAUAUCAUCUCCAUCCUCUCUCCCUCUCUCCCUCCCUCUCGUCAAUGGCUUCCUUCAAUUCGUUCCCAAUUCCCAAACAGAUGGUUGGUUCUUCUUCGUCAUCUUCGUCUGCUUCUCGUCCACGUAUCUUGGUGCGAUCGAGUAUGGCCUCAACCAAUAGUAUGCUGGUCUUUGUACCUCCGCAUCCUUUGAUCAAACAUUGGCUCUCUCUCUUGAGAUGCGACCAAACUCCUCUCCCCUUCUUCGUUAGAAUUGCGUCGAGGUGGUCGUUCCUAUCCUCACUCAAAGAGGAAACCAGAUUUCACCAGAGAGAUCAUCCUCUAAAAGCAUGUGGCUGUGCUUCUGCAACUGCUGAAAACGUCUAUGUAGAGCUCAAAGAUCCAAAGGAAAAUAUUGGCGUGGGUUUAGUUGGAGAACGAAUGUCUUCUUCUUCUUCAGAGAAAGCCAAUUUAUCUCGUAGCAUGUUGCAGUACAAUCUACUAGGGAAGAACCUUUUAGCACUAGAGCAAACUUUUGUCGCCUUGGAGUCUUUAAGAAUGGAAAGAGAUAUUAUGCUGCAAAUGAGGAAGUUGGGGGCUGCUGAGUUAUUCAACACCUGUCUAUCUAGGUCCCGAGCUUCGUCAACCGCUUCUUGCUUACCUGACACAGGAACACCUGAGUUGGUGGAUACUACAGAAGAACAGAAAACCUUUGUGCAUUCAACAAGGAAACUGAGAAAGAAAGCAAGACGGUCGAGUUUGAUGACUGGGAGUGAUGAUCUGGGUUCAAGAACCAUAUGGGAGGGUGUUGAUGUCCCUAGAGUGAGAAAACCAUCAAAAUAUAGAAAGAAAAGAGAGAGGAUAUCUAGAAACGAGGCUGAGAUGUCACAAGGAGUCAAGUUAGUGGCGGACAUGGAGAGGAUUAGAACGAAACUGGAAGAGGAAAGUGGUAAGGUAGCGAGUAUGAUUUGUUGGGCUGAAGCAGCAGGGAUGAACGAGAAACUUCUCAUGCGCAAUCUACAUUUCGGUUGGUACUGUCGAGAUGAACUGGUGAAAAGCACCCGGUCUUUGGUUCUUUUCCUCGCAAGAAACUAUCGUGGUCUCGGGAUCGCCCACGAAGAUUUGAUUCAGGCAGGGUAUGUGGGAGUGUUGCAAGGAGCAGAGAGGUUUGAUCACACAAGGGGUUACAAGUUUUCGACGUAUGUGCAGUAUUGGAUAAGAAAAUCGAUGUCCACGAUGGUGUCACGGCAUGCAAGAGGCGUCCACAUUCCUGCGUCAAUAAUCCGAACAAUGAGUCAGAUACAAAAGGCUCGCAAGACCUUGAAAACGAGCCAGGGGAUAAAGUAUCCAGCUGAUGAGGAGAUUUCGAAACUAACAGGGUACUCGUUAAAGAAGAUUAGAGCAGCUAACCAAUGCCUGAAAGUGGUUGGUUCAAUCGACAAGAAAGUUGGGGAUUGCUUUACCACAAAGUUCCUGGAGUUUACACCAGACACGACGAUGGAGAGUCCAGAGGAGGCUGUGAUGAGGCAGAGCGCAAGGAGAGAGGUACAUAAUCUAAUAGAAGGGCUAGAGGCUAGAGAGAAGCAAGUGAUGGUUCUACGUUAUGGUCUUGAAGACUAUAGGCCCAAGUCCUUGGAAGAGAUUGGGAAGCUGCUUAGGGUUAGCAAAGAAGGGAUCCGGAAGAUAGAACGGAGAGCGAUGGCUAAAAUCAGAGACCAACCCAAAGCUGAUAACCUCAGAUAUUAUUUGAACCAGUGAGAAGGAUUAGAUUUUUGGAACCAAUGGCUUUGUGAUUUGUAAUAACAUUCUCAUCGAGUGUAAAGCUGUGUAUAUUUUAGGGAAAAUUGGAAAAAUGGGACACUUUGAACUUUUGUUUGUCACAAUAAGACUUCUCAUACUUUUGGCAA